AUGGUAAACGGGAUAGCAACCUACUAUCCCUCUCGCGUCUCACAAAUCAGCGGUGCGUCUCGCCCGGGCUACGUCAAAGGCUAUGACAAUGACACCAAGAUCCGAUACGAGACCGAUGGCCAGUCAUUCUACGCGCACCGCAGUGCUGAGCAAUUAUUUUCAUCCAUAUCCGACCACUUUGACGUUGAUGAGGAUGAGUAUAGCCAAAAAGGCGAGCCGCACGUUGAAGAUCAAGGGAUCACUGCUCUACCGGCUAAACAAGUAAAGAGGAGGAGUAGUGUUACUAAGCUGGUGGAGAAGGUAAUCUCCAAGCUUGACGGGCUGGGGCUGACGAAGAAGCUCAAGGAUGAACGGAAGAGCAAUAAGAAGAAGCAAAUAAGUGUGAACUAA